AUGUACAAUAGAAGACCGGAGUUUCGGGAGUAUACCGGUCCCCGAACGGGAAGCUAUCAAGUUCUUGAAGAAAUUGGAAGGGGCUCGUUCGGCUCCGUCCGUAAGGUUAUACACCUUCCAACCAACAAGGUUUUGGUUCGCAAGGAAAUAAAAUAUGGACACAUGAAUUCUAAGGAGCGCCAACAAUUGAUAUCAGAAUGCGCAAUUUUAAGCCAGCUGAAGCACGAACACAUCGUGGAGUUUUACGAAUGGGACUCAGACAAGGACGUUCUGUACUUCUACAUGGAAUACUGCAGUAACGGGGAUCUUUCGCAAAUGAUAAGCUUUUUUAAGAAGCAGCGAAAAUAUAUACCCGAAAAAAUAGUAUGGAGUAUAAUGGUGCAGAUCCUAAUUGCGUUGUACCGCUGCCACUAUGGAGCUGAUCUUGCACCGCUCGAAACAAUCUACGACAGGACGAAACCUCCUGUAAAAGGGUCUAAUAUUGUUAUUCACAGAGAUCUAAAGCCUGGAAACAUAUUUCUUAGUACAGAGAGGGUUCCAGAUCCAUUAGCAGCUCCCCAAACUCUUGACUAUAGCAAAGUUUCUGUUAAGUUGGGAGAUUUUGGCCUUGCAAAGGCUCUAGGGGCAAGUGUAGAGUUUGCCACCACAUACGUGGGGACGCCAUACUAUAUGUCUCCAGAGGUUUUGAUGGACCAGCCUUAUUCACCUCUAAGUGAUAUUUGGUCCUUGGGCUGCGUGAUCUAUGAAAUGUGUACGUUGAGGCCCCCAUUCCAGGCUAAAACAUACAGCGAACUCCAAAGGAAAAUCAAAGCGGGUAACUUUGACCGCAUCCCGGAAUACUAUUCAGACGAGCUACAGAAACUAAUAGAGUCCUGCAUAGACCCAAACCUGCGAACUCGCGCCUCCACAUACUCUUUACUACAAGACCCUCAGCUUCGAGUUGCCAGAAAAAGCCUUCAGCUUGAAAGAUUUGAAGAUAACUUGAUGGAUUAUGAAAAGGAAUUAAUGAACAUUGGUGAUAUUUUAGAGCGGCAAGCCGGCGAAUACGAAGCAGAAUUGGCCGUCAUUAAGUACCAAUACCGCAAAGAGUUUGAUGCUGCAGUUGAGCAACGCGUGAGGGAAGUUUUGAACGGAAAGAAAGUUACUGGCACGCCUGAGAUAAUGGCAGGGAGGAAUCACUUGCAUAGACCUGACUAUCAUUGGCGUGUGAAAGGAAGGUAA